CUUUCUCACUUUGUUCGUGUCUCUCGUACCGUGCAAGUCCAGGUUCUCGCCAUGAGCAUCCCGCCCUCUGGCAACUUCAAUUCUAACCUCGGUACAGAGAUACAAAACAGCAACGUAAUCAAAAACGGCAUCACUCAUACAAGGACUAAUAGUAAUCUGAGUCACAAUAAAAAUAAUAGCAAUUACAUUACUAAUAGUAAUAACACUAAUAGUAACAACAACUGCAACAACCCUUACAACAUCUGCGACACUAACAGUGAUUACCCGAACAAUUCUAAUACUAACAACCUUAAUAACUAUACUAACACAGUGAAGACUGUCUCAGAUUCCAAUAUCAACACCAAUUCCUCCCAUAUUGCGCAAAAACGCCAAAACCUGUUGUCCAACUACAUGAUAGCCAACGCUGCCAAGCGAACUGCCAAUCCCCAAACCAAAAUGCAAACUUCAGACUUCCAGCAACAGCAGCAGAUAUCGAUGAAUUCUGGACGAGUGAAUCAGAUUCAGCAUCAGCUUCAUAACCAAAACCAAAGCCAAAACCAAAACCAAUUUGACGAGAACUCUGUAAGAAGAAACCUUCUUCAACAACAACAGCAUUCUACAGCCAGCAUGAAGACUCCCACUCCCUCGGCCUACGAGGUGCCCCUGAGUCCAAAUAUCAACCAAAUGUCGCAUAUCUCUGUUCAGAACCAUUCUGAUCUGUCUGAAUCCAAUCCUGUGAUGGAUAGAUCAAGCGGAAUCAAUCAGUCCGUAGUGGAGACUUCAGAAAUCAAAGACUCUGUUCAUUUGAAGUCGUUUAAACUGGAUUUGAAUCAGAAUCAAAAUCAAAAUCAAGUAGACAACUCUCCUCCUUCUCAGCAAUCACAAAGAACGAUGUCUGACGAAGAGCAACAGCUAGCUACCAAGUUGAAGGAAACAUACAAGAACAUCGUCAACUUUGAGGAAAUCGUCCAGAAAAACUGCAUUGAGAUCACCAUCAAAAUCAACCAGAUCACCAGCAAUAAUAACAACAAUAGUCUUGUGUAUGGCAAUGCUCCAUUAAUCAACCAACAGCCUUCUAAUUCCCUCACUUCAAGCACUUCUAUAGCAUCCAACACAACGAGAACCUCUGAGCUUCUGAACGAUUUGUGGACAGUUUACCACCACAAUAUCACGUUAUUGGACAACUACUACGAUUUUCUCGUCACAGCAUUAAAACCUUCUUCUAACCAGACUCAGUUUAAAACAGGUAAAAACAUCGUAGAACUAUACAAGAUCCCCCGCAGAAUGUGGGUUUAUGGUAUUGUUGGAUUUCUUGAAGUGUUGAAGAACAUUAUGAGCAUUUUUCAGGACCACGAAAUCUGUCUGUGUUUCAUUUCCUAUUGCUUCAACAUCAUUUCUAACUUGACUGAUCCCAUUUUGGAGAUGGAAGGUUGGUGGCUGGAAAAACUUGGUGAUCUCUCUCGUAUGGCUAUAGCUCUCUAUGCUUCCAAGUUUAUUGACUGGAAAAUUAGUGCCGAGUAUUGGUAUUCUAUCUCGAUGAAGACGUUCUAUGGCCACGGAAAGAUCUACUAUCAUAUGUGCACAGUUCAGCAAGACAAUUUGGAUGCCUUGGUUAACAUUGGAAAGUCGGUUAUCUGCCGUGAUCCAUUUGUUCCUACCCAGCAUUACUUGAGACUAGUUGUAGAAAACAUUUGUACCCAGCGUAACAUCUUGUCUUUGUUGGAGUUACCCAUUAUUGACUUCAUUAAGAUCCACAAAGUCUUGUUGAGCAUCCACACGAGCCGCUCUAAUGAUGGUUUGCCAAACUCGGUAGAGAGCAUUCAAGGUAGCCAACUACAGUAUGGAAUAGAUCUUGUAACACGUUACGGCUUGACUUUUGGAUCGGAUUCAAAUGGAUACAACUUCUUCACUCGGGAAUUGUACACUCCGUCGGGAGUUACUUCCAUUAACGAUCCUCAUCAUCCAUACUAUUUACAGCAGCAACAGCAGCCAAGUGCUACAAACACCAUAGAAAAGAUGAACUUCUGGUUUAACAAAGGUUCUUUGUUUGCCAUAGCUAAUAUCAACCAUUUGGUUGGUUUUGGUGAUGCAAGAAAUCCAUUUGCAAAGAUCUUCCAGUUGCCGGAGGCACUCAAAGAAAGAAAAGAUAAGAAAGACCGUAAGCGUAAAUCUAGAACUUCUCAAACGGCUCUUGAUGAGAACCCCAAUUCGGCUACAAUCUCGAAUGGAGUAGAUGGACAAUCGAUUACUGCUCCAGAUUUAUCAGUAAACGAUUGGUUCUACUGUUUGCAGUUUGUCAACAAGUCUGUCCUUGAAUUGUCUAUCCGAAUUCUCAACCACUACCUUGUUGGACCCAAACAGGCCUCUACUGGACAUGUUAUUGUCUGGUUGUACUUCUUGAUUGCUGUGGGAGAGGCUACAAAAAGGUUCCCGGGCUCUACUCCUAUGUUUGGCUGGCUCUUCACGAAGCUUUUCCCAUGGGAAUCGUUGAUUAACUAUUUAAAUUCAUUACUUUCAUUUGUUAAGAACAACCCUAGAUUGAGCGAGCUGUGUGCUGAAUAUGCCUUCCAAAACGACUACAUCCAGUUUUUCAAUGACAACGAGUUCCUUCCAGAAGUGUGGAAGUGUUGGGGCACGUUGUGGUUUGAUUGUAUAGCUGAGAAAGGUGACUACAAUGACUUGGAGGCAGCUGGAGUGAAGAACAUAAAUUUGUUUGAUUUGCCAGCCUGUGGUACUUAUCCUGUAGUCACUAUGCCCAGUGAAUCUGAUCAGAAGUCCAGAAAUGUAAUGGAAAAUGAGAACGACGAAAGAAUCAUCCGUAUCAUCUUAUUGGCUAGAGUGAUUGCUGAUAAGUAUAACUUUGGCUUGAUUCGUACACCUGAAGAAUUCAAGUUCGAUCAAGACACCUACAAUACGAUUGAUUCGUCAGUUCCAUCGUCAGAUGUGAGACAGAGCGAUCCGUAUACGUAUAUGGAAGACUUCCUCUUGGGUGAUGGCAGAUUUGUCCAGAACAACUUCCUUCAGCCGAUUUCGAUUGAAAACUUGUAUGAUUCCCAUUUGCAAGAAAAUAUGAGUCCAGAAGAAAAAGAUACCUUGUGGUUUGUAGGCUACGGCAACAGAAUGUACGACGAGGAGAAUCUUGAGUUGGGUGAAGAAAUGGUGGACGAAGACGAGGUUGAGGGAUAUGCUGACUCUGAGUUUGAGGAUGAAGAAUCUGAGCACGAUCACAAACACCACGGUAGUUUCCAGCAGCAUCAACAUGCCCUUCAGCAGCAAAGACAACAGCUUGUUUCCAACGACACAUUUUACAACAUCAUGUUGAACCCAGAUCCAUUAGGAAUGGGAGAGACACAAGAAGCUGAAAGGAAGUCUCCUAUUGAAGGCAAUCUAGGUGAUCGAAUGGACACUAACAUAACACACAUUACUCUUGAUACGAAUAUCUGGCUAAAGCACUGUGGCCGUAUCUUCAAGUGUGUUAGAAAUCUGGUAUUCAAGAUUCUGAUUCCUUUGAUUGUGUUUCAGGAGUUGCGGGCCUUGAGAAAGUCUACAGAGGCUACGAUUGCAGAUGCUGCUACCCGGUCGGUGAUUAUCAUCCGGGAGUUGUAUUUGGCCAAUGAAAUCAUGCCGUUACGGUUUGACGGAACGAUAGCUUCGGACAUAAACGAAACUACUGAGUUUGAAAACAACUCAAACUGGCGAUCUAGCGUAGAUGAAACCAUCUUGAACUCAGUCAAUGAGCACGAUGAUCUUGGAAAGAGGUUGAUGAAAGGAUUGAACCUACAAUUCUACAGCAGACACACUGACCCUGUUUUCCUCAGUGCCAAAGCAUCUAAGAUCUUCCGUUAUUGUAUUCUUAUUACGGAUGACAGAAACAUGAGGCUCAGAGCGAAGACGAUCGGCUUGAUCAGUUUCCAGAGCCGUUGGCUUUUCAAUCAGUUGGAGACGUUGUUUCCUAAUGAAUGUAUUGAUUAA